AUGACUUUGGAGCAAUUACAGAGAAAUCAACAUUGUUUUUCAGUAGAUGGCAAGAGGACAACGUCGUAUUGUAGACGAAAGACGAAUUUGGCGGCGGUGAGGGUUUCUAUGAACAGAGGCAAAAAUUCCGAAGACAAGGGUGCAAAGAACGAGGAGACAAAACAGAAGGAGAAAGGGCAAGUCUUUAAUGGAGCGAGGGCCGUAACAGCAGAUGGAGGCGAUGGGUGGCCCAAGCAGCGGAUAAGGUUUGGAGAGGAGAGGUUGGGCGGCAGCGGAGACAGUUUGGAGAGGAGAGGUUGGGCGGCAGCGGAGACGGUGGAUGAGGGCUCGUGUUGGGUGGAAGACAGCUUGUUGGGGUCAUUGGAAUUGUCCAUCGGCGGCGGAGGGCAGUGGUCCGGCCUUUUAUAG